ACGUCAACAUUACCAGUCGCUUCUGCUGCUCUCUUGUUAGUGCCCACAUCUCUGUCUUUGCCAGUCUCUGCCAGUACUUCCAUUUCCCCAGCAUGCAAUGGAGCAUAGAGGGAGUGACCCCAACAGCUGCCUCCAGUCCCAAGGAAAUUGUGUGUCAGACAGAACAUCUCACUGUCUUUGGGGCUAGCCUCUUUGUGCCUCCUCACAAGGUUAUCUUCUUGCCACCGAAGAUGCACUUCCAGCAGAGCCCUUUGGCAGUCAUCACUUGCUGCAUUGUCUUUGCCAUCUACCUGGGACUAGCACUGAUAACCCACAAGCUGGAUGAUAUUGAUGUCGCUCGAGUGGGGGUUAUCCCUCGGUGUGGCCAGCCUGGACGCUACAAAUACUGGGUGAUAGUGAAGACCGGUUGGAAAAGAGGCUCAGGUACCACAGCUCAUAUAGGGAUCAGCUUGUACGGGCUGAACAAAAGUGGCUCUCGCCACCUGGACAAAGGCUGGGCUUUCCAGAGAAAUAGUCAGGAUAUUUUCCAGGUGGAGACAGAUGCAAACCUAGGAGAGAUCUGGAAGAUCCGCAUCUGGCACGAUAACACUGGGCUGGACCCUUCUUGGUAUUUGCAACAUGUCAUUAUAUGGGACAAGCAGACAAACAAUAUGUAUUUCUUCCUAGUGGAGGAUUGGCUGUCUGUGGAAAAUGAAAAGAAUGAAGGAAUGGUGGAAAAGGAGGUGCUGGCAGCAUGUCCCCAGGAACUGAAGUGCUUUUCCCGUAUUUUCCCUGCACAAAUGCGCCUUGGCUUUUCUGACUGGCACGUGUGGCUUUCUGUUUGGAGCCGCCCUCCUAGUAGCCAUUUUACCCGAGUACAAAGGCUCACGUGCUGCACGCUCAUGGUUAAUCUCUUCUUGGCUGUAUGCACCACCUGGUAUGGAACCAUAGGCAUUGAGGGACACAGCAAUCCUCUGGGAAGGCAGACCUCCAUGACAGCAGAGAGCAUUGCGGUUGGAGUCGUUGUGGCUGUAGUGGUUUACCCCAUACAACUACUCGUCACCUUCUUCUUCAGGAAAACCUACAGUAAGGUCAUAAUAGAAGACCCUGAUCCACCGGCUCAGGACACCCAAACGGUUGAGAUGGAAGUGUCUCUGAAGUGUUCCAACCUGGGUAGCUCCUCUUUCUUAUCUAUCCCAGGGAGACUGGAGUCCAUUGUGGACAUGGGUUCCAUCAGCAGUGAGUCCCGCAUGAGUGAAAGUCCAGCUUCCAAACAGGAGAACUUUGCGGGAGCCAGAAAAGACAGGGUUGUAGAACAAUGGCCCUCAUGCAACAGCAUCUUUGAUAUCCCUGACUUUUGGAACUCUGAUUCUUUGACAAACCGGCGUCGGAUUCUCAAGAGGAAGAAGGCCCUGGUAAAGCUAGGAAUCAAUGAGUCCCUCUCCAGUGCUGAUGACGAUCCCUUAUCGUUUUCCUUAGAAGGUUCUGAGAACAGCAGAAGGUCCAGCUCUGGCCAUCACUCAGGGUUGCCGCGAAGACCUCAGGAGUGGCUCUUCCCUGCUGGGAUGCUGCCAGCAAUCUACAUGUUCAUCUUCUUGCUGGUUGCUGGCUGUUUCUCCAUCAACAUCAUCUAUGGUUCUUUCUUCCUUGACCACACUACCUUGAUGUGGCUGAUCUCCUCUUCCUUUGCUUUCAUCACUACUGUCAUUUUUCUGGAGCCACUGAAGGUGGUGGUGGGGGCUCUGCAUGCUGCUCUCGUUAGCAAGCCGGUGGAGAGCGAAGGUGAGGUGCUGGUGGAAGAGCCCUUGGUGAAGCAGAUGCCGGAGCGAGUGGGGAAGGUACGAGUGCCCUGUGGUUAUGGGCUAUUGCAAGCCAAGGAAGAGGCCAAGAAGGUCCGCUUGCUCAGGGGACUGAUGUGGAACUGCAUCACUCAUAUGCUUUUCCUCCUUGUGGUGCUGACCAUCAAUUACCGGAGUUGCUUCCAUGACAACAACAUCCACCUUUUGCAUGCUGCUGUCAAACAGGCCAUCACUGUAACAAAUGACAAAGAAUUGAACUUCACUUCUGUGCACAGGUGA